UGGCUGUCAGAUAUUGUUUACGUUACAUAUUCUAGUUUAAAAAGUAAUGCCGGGGGCGCGUUUUACGGCAUUUAUUUUCCCUUGAAGGUUUUUUAAAAAGUCACAAUGGUUAGAUAUGCAGCUCUUAAGGGACUCUAUGAGCUCGAAAAGACAAUCGGGUGCGGAGGAUUUGCGAAAGUUAAACUCGCCACACAUGUCGCAACCGGCGAAAAGGUGGCUAUUAAGAUUAUGGAAAAAGCUACCUUAGGGGACGAUUUGCCCAGAGUCAAACUAGAAGUGGAAGCUUUAAAGACGUUAAUACAUCAACACAUAUGCAGGCUGUAUCAAGUUAUCGAAACAGAAAGCCAUUAUUUUAUGGUAAUCGAGUACUGCUCAGGAGGAGAAUUGUUCGAUCACAUAGUUCAAAAGAAUAGAUUGACAGAAAGGGAGUCACGAAAGUUUUUCCGACAAAUAGUAUCUGCUGUGGCGUACUUGCAUAGCUUAGGAUAUGCCCACAGAGAUCUCAAGCCUGAGAAUGUUCUACUGGACAAAGAACAAAAUCUGAAACUUAUAGAUUUUGGCCUUUGUGCAAAGCCAAAGGGUGGCAUGCAAGCUCACCUGUAUACUUCUUGUGGAUCUCCAACUUACGCCGCCCCAGAACUUAUAUUAGGAAAAAAAUACCUGGGCUCGGAAAUCGACAUUUGGAGCAUGGGUGUCCUGUUGUAUGCCCUUUUGUGUGGUUUUUUACCAUUUGAUGACAAUAAUAUAGAAAACCUUUACAGGAAGAUUCUCAGUGGCAAAUACGAUGAACCCAGCUGGUUAUCCAGUAGUAGUAGGAGAUUAAUUCGGUCCAUGCUGCAAACUGAUCCCAAGAAAAGAAUAACGGUCGAAGAAUUGUGCAAUCAUCCAUGGAUUACCACUGGUUUUUUAAACCCUGUUACAUACGUUAAAAGAGUUAAUUUUGAAAAGGAUCAAGAAGUAUUAAGUACCAUGUCAGUCAUUUGUGGAGAAGACAGUGACCAUAUUUGGGAGGCAUUGACUAAAAGCAAUCGAACCGACUACAGAACUGCAACGUAUCUGCUCUUGCUCGAUCGGAAACUUUCUGGACUCUCUUUAAGGAUACCUUCUGCUACGAGGCCUUAUCUCAGACAAGCAGUGAAUGGCCAACACGUAACCCCACACGAUGGUGUCAAUAACUUCAUCACACUGCUCGAUCAAUCUCCAAGAAAUAAAUUGGCCAAGAAUUCUCCAGUCAUCGAUAAGACCUACAAUGUUCUUCCAAAAACUCCUGACUGCGAUAAAAACGACAACAAUAAUUUCACGGAGCCACGAGUUGUCGGACGUAAAAGACUGCGCAGCAAGGAUCCAGACGAUUUACCAUCACCAAUACCAAUGAAAAAGCCGACUGAGAAAGGCAGACAAGCCAUGACUCCCACUUCGGCUGCAGGAUCGGACUCAAAAGCUUCGCAGUCCGUGACUCCAGGUAGUGCCAGGAAGGUAAUUAUGGGAUUGGAACGCGGCCUGAAUCGCGUUCGAUGUGUCUUAACGCCAAAGCGUCGAGUCAAAAACGAAAACACAGACCCGGACGAACCAGUUUUGCUUUCCGGAAAGGGACUCUGCAAUAUAUCAUCAACAUCUUGCGAUUGCCCCAAAUAUGUCCUGUCACAGCUACGACGAGCUCUUCACCGCAAAGGAAUAGUUUGUCGGCAGAAAGGGUUUAUCCUCCAAGGAGAAACUGAAUUUAACGAUGAUCCUAGCAAAGCUGGAGUAAGACCUUUCACGACAAGGAACAUUUGUUCGUUUGAAUUAGAGGUUUGUCUAAUAGAAGGCGCGUUGAACGCGAAACCAGUCGUCGGAAUCCGAAGGAAAAGACUUAAAGGGAGUGCAUGGGUUUACAAACGCGUUUGCGAGCAAGUUUUAGCUCUGGCUGCAGAGGACCUACAGACAGAACAAGGUGGAAGUUCAGAGUCGAAGUGCCUCAUUUGAGAGACUCCAUUUGUAUAACAUUGAUCGAUAUAACCGUAAGACGUUCCUGUGUACCUUGUACGUAUUAAGGUUAAAAUGUUCGGCGGCCAGAGCCAUCGACGAACCUCAAAUCUACGUUUUUCCGCGGGUCAGGAUUUCUUAAAACCCCUAAUGCGGCUCACGAGUGCGAGCACAGUUGUCAAUAAUUUUAUCUACUAGUUUUAAUA